AUGGUGCAGUUCUCUAAAUCGCUAUCAGAGAGAAACAAGAACGAAGUUACGAGAGCUGAGUUCUCAGCGCAGUUAGGUUUCCAGGUGAGCCGUGGGACAACACAUCCCAGGGGAACCCCCCAGAUAAGCAGUACCGGCGGAGUAAACGCUGUCCCAGCCACACCCGGCAAUCACGCCUCUCUCCCAAGCCCGGGAAAGCUGCCAGGAGGCGGCACGCGGGUUAUCAGUCUCCGGCCGCUUUCCAAAGCCUCCCGCCCGACUUACCGCACAGUCCGGCCCUUCGCCCCCGCCCGGCCAGGCGGCACCCCCAGGGACGAGCACUACGGCCGGCGGGGGCACCGGGCGCUGCCCGGGGGACUCGGUCGGGACCCGCCAGCGCCUCCGCAGGGCCCCGGCCUGCCUCAGCCGCUCGCCGUUCCCAUAGCAACCGUACGCGCCGCGCCGCCGCCGCCGGGCCGGAGCGGGGCCGCGCCCCCCGCGGGGCCGCCCGAACACCCCGAGGCGCACGCGCGAGCACCUGCGCGCGCGGGCGCGUGCGCGGCCGCUGCCUGGCCCGGAUGGGGGGGCCCAGAUCCCGGGAAUGGCAGUGCCCACAUCCCGGGGAUGGCGUGCCCAGAUCCCGAGGAUGACAGUGCCGAGAUCCCGGCACUGCCGGGGAUGGCAGUGCCCAGAUCCUAG